AGACAUUUGGACACGUUUCUCAAGUACUAUUGCACGGCUAAAUUAGUGGCCUUGAUGUCCUCAUUUUCUGAAGAAAAAAUGCCAUAGGACACCAUAGGGCUUACUAGUGAGUAGAGAUGUGUAGGAUUGAAACCCACCCAUUUGAAGGGGGAUGGAGGGGGAGAGGCCUAUGUCUUGCCCUCAUCCAUUAUUGUUUAUCUGAAGGACAAAACUUGGAUUUCUAUAGAGUGAGAAAGCUUGUGCGCUUCCUGUGUUUAUGGUUCCAGUUGUUUAAUUUAGCAGACUAGAAUGUUCACAACUUCACAUCAGUCCAGUCAGUGGCUUCCAAAGGAUUUACCAGUAUGACAAAAUUGUUUAAAGCAUAAUCUUAGAUGUGUAUUGAUAGUAAAUCCUUUAUUUUUAUGUGCUUUACAUUCACAUAAGCACAUUUACAUUUUACGUGCUUUACAUAGAUGACUACAACUAUCCCAGGUAGAGCAGAAUGCAGUGAAUAUAGAAGUGAAAUUGAUCAGUAUAAUGAGCUCAAAUUCUUACGAUACAGAUUUCAAAUCAGGAAGAGAGCAUACUUCAUUAUGCAUUUGUAGAGGCAUUAACUUGCUGGUUUAGAGUGUCAAGCUGAAAAUUAAUAUAAUUACAGUAGGGGUGGGCAGCCUGCAGCCCUCCAGAUGCUUGGGCCUAUUCCUUUAGUCCUAGUCUGCAUACCCAUUGUUAAGGUGUGAUGGGAGAUGCAUGCCAAAAAAUCUGGAAGACUGCAAGUUGCAUAUGGGAGAGGUUGAAAGCUGAGUGAUUGGAAUUUUCUGGAGAACUUUGAAUUGGAAUAUGUUCCAAUGCCUUGUGGCAUUGAUCUAGCCUACUAAACAUAAAUUUGUUAAAUUAAUUUUACAUGCUGUAUAAUUAUCAGUAUUUGAAAACUUAAUAUUAAUUUUUAAAAGACACUGAAAAUAUGCUGAUUUUAAGUAUUAAAAGACACUGUGGAUAGACUUUUGUUAAAAAAAUACAUGCUUUCAGGGAACAGUUGACUGAAAAAAUAACUUUGAAAUUACCUAAAUUGAUUGGAAAUGUAUUAAUCUUUUUUUAAUGGAAUAGUAUCUUCUAAUAGUAAUGGAAAACUCCAUGAAAAGAAAUGCUCACAUAGCUGUCUAAUGCAUAGUAAGGCAAAGAGAAGGCAUUGUGGGAGAUGCUGUAGCAUAGCAGCUAAGACUGAUCUGUGAAAGAAGAAGCCCUUGGUUCAGAUCUUGUCUUUACUGUCAACUGACUGUCAGUGCUCUUUAAUGUGGCUGCCUGCAGCUAUUCAAACUCAGAGAAUUACAGGCAUCCAGGGGAGGGCAGAAGACACAUGGAAGUACAGGUCAGCUCAUUGCUUCUCCUUUUCUGAGAAAGACUUAGAUGUCAAAGACUGUUGCCCCUGCACACGAGGAGAAGCUGAGGUGUUGCCAGGAUGCAUAGUAUUGUAGCGAAGCUUCCUUCCCCAAUCUCUCAAAACAUCCAGAGUUGUCUUGCUUCGAGACUGGACCUCAGAAUUGCAGCAGGCAUGAAAAACUGUUGACUGAAAGAGCAGCAGGAUGGCAGUUGGAGGACAUUGCUGGGACUUUCCCCCCUCUGACCAGCCAGGCUUUGUCUGGCAGCCACAGGACUGCACCUUAGGUGACCUUAGGAAACUUAAGUGUUUUUAGCUUUUGUUUCUUCCCAUUUUCAGUAUAGGAGAUAUUAGUGACUUGUAAAGCAGCCUUUCGCAUCCUGGUGCCUAGCAGAUGUUUUGGACUACAACUCUCAGCAUUCCUGACCAUAGGCCACAUUGCUGAGACUGGUAGGAGUUGGAAGUCCAAAACAUAUGGAAGUCGGAAGGUUUGUUGUAAUGAUUGCAAUUAGAAAAUACAUAUAUAAAAUUAUCAGUUAUAAAACUUCAAAGAAGUAUAUAUACAUGUUAAGUAUUAAGACGGCUUCUGUUUUUUGAGUCUGGUUUGCAGAUCAAAAGCUACUGCAAAUGAUGAAGCUGUAUUGGGUGAGCAGAAGGCAACAGCUGAGCACUUGACUAGAACGCUCCGUGGAGUUAUGCGUGUUGGUCUUGUAGCAAAGGGCCUCUUGCUCAAGGGAGACUUGGAUCUUGAGUUGGUUCUCUUGUGCAAGGAGAAACCCACUAUUGGUCUUUUGGAAAAAGUAGCUGAAAAUCUUGGCACACAACUUGCUGCUAUUACUGAAGAUAAAUAUGAAAUUAUCCAGUCUAUCAGUGAUGCUGCAAUUGUCAUUAAGAAUACAAAAGAGCCUCCACUGACACUUACAAUCCACUUGACAUCCCCUGUUGUAAGAGAAGAAAUGGAAAAAAUGUUAGCUGGAGAAACGCUAUCAGUCAACGACUCACCGGACGUUCUGGACAGGCAGAAAUGCCUUGCUGCCUUGGCGUCACUCCGACACGCCAAGUGGUUCCAGGCCAGGGCAAAUGGCUUGAAGUCUUGUGUCAUAGUCAUCAGAGUGCUGAGAGAUUUGUGCAGCCGUGUUCCUACUUGGGCUCCACUUAGAGGAUGGCCUCUAGAGCUGUUGUGUGAAAAAUCUAUUGGAACAGCCAAUCGGCCAAUGGGAGCUGGUGAGGCCCUCAGAAGAGUUCUUGAAUGCCUUGCAUCAGGAAUAGUUAUGCCAGAUGGUUCUGGUAUUUAUGAUCCUUGUGAAAAAGAAGCCACAGAUGCUAUUGGGCAUCUAGACAGACAGCAAAGGGAAGAUAUCACACAGAGUGCUCAGCAUGCUCUAAGGCUUGCUGCUUUUGGCCAGCUUCACAAAGUCCUGGGGAUGGAUCCAUUGCCAUCAAAGAUGCCCAAAAAACCAAAAAAUGAAAACCCAGUUGACUACACUGUCCAGAUUCCUCCCAGCACUACAUAUGCCAUCACUCCAUUGAAACGUCCUAUGGAAGAAGAUGGAGAGGAGAAGUCUCCAAGCAAAAAGAAAAAGAAGAUUCAGAAAAAAGGUAUUGAGCUGGCAAGAGAGGAGAAAUCAGAACCUCCACAAGCUAUGAAUGCUCUGAUGAAGCUGAAUCAACUAAAACCUGGACUUCAAUAUAAAUUAGUGUCUCAGACAGGUCCAGUUCAUGCUCCUAUAUUUACUAUGUCUGUGGAAGUUGAUGGUAUCACAUAUGAAGCUUCAGGACCUUCCAAAAAAACAGCCAAACUGCACGUAGCAGUAAAGGUGUUACAAGAUAUGGGACUGCCCACAGGUGUUGAGGGCAGAGAGAGAGGGGACGAAUCAGCAGAGGAAACAGAUCAGAAACCAGUAGCUGUUACUGCUCCUCCUAUUGUGGAAACUGUUUGUACACCUAGUGCUGCUUCUCCUUCAGAACAAACAGAGAAUGUGAAACAACAAGGACCAAUACUGACAAAGCAUGGGAAAAACCCAGUUAUGGAACUAAAUGAAAAACGGCGUGGCUUAAAAUAUGAACUGAUUUCAGAAAGUGGUGGCAGUCACGACAAGCGGUUUGUGAUGGAGGUUGAGGUUGAUGGCCAGAAAUUCCAAGGGGCUGGUUCAAACAAAAAAGUGGCAAAGGCCUAUGCUGCACUGGCUGCAUUAGAAAAACUUUUUCCAGAUGCCCCUCUUCCAAUGGAGCAAAAGAAGAAAAGGGCCCCUAUGCCAGCACGAGGUGGACCCAAAUUUCCUGUGAAGCAUAAUCCAGGCUAUGGUAUGGGGGGCCCUAUGCAUACUGAAGUGCCGCCUCCUCCAAGUUUGCGGGGGCGUGGUAGAGGAGGAAAUAUCAGAGGUCGUGGUAGAGGCAGAGGUGGAUUUGGUGGUGCCAAUCAUGGAGGCUAUAUGAAUGCUGGAGCUGGAUAUGGAAGCUAUGGCUAUGGUGGCAAUUCUGCAACAGCAGGCUAUAGUCAGUUCUACAGUAAUGGUGGUCAUUCUGGCAAUGCAGGAGGGGGCGGUGGCUCUUCUGGCUAUGGGUCCUACUACCAAGGUGGUGACUACGGCUCUCCUGCUCCUCCUAAGCAUGCUGGAAAGAAGCAGCAGCAUGGAGGACAACAGAAGCCUUCCUAUGGCUCAGGUUAUCAGUCCCAUCAAGGCCAGCAGCAGCAAUCGUAUAACCAGAACCAGUAUAGCAACUAUGGCCCACCACAAGGCAAACAGAAGGGAUACAACCAGGGCAACUAUGCUUCCUACUCAAAUUCCUACAACUCCCCUGGUGGCGGCGGUGGAGGAUCAGACUACAACUAUGAAAGUAAAUUCAGUUAUGGUGGCGGAGGUGGAGGCGGCGGACGUGGUGGCGCAAAUAACUACGGUUCAGGAGGUGCCUCCUACAAUGCCGGUGGCUAUGGGGGAGGAGCUGGGGGAGGAGGGUCAUCUUACCAAGGUAAGCAAGGUGGAUAUUCUCAGUCAAACUACAACCCGCCAGCUUCAAACCAGAAUUACAGUGGACCUCCCAAUUCCUACCAAGCCCCCCAACCUGGCUAUGGCAGAAAUGACCACAGCAUGAACUAUCAGUACAGAUAAAUUAGUCUGUUCUUGGUGGGUGUGAAGCUUUUAUCUUCUAAACUUGCAUACCCUUUGGAUAUUGAGUUUAUUGCAUCACAGUAAACAUGUAAACCCCGUUUCCAUGUUGCCGUGCUCUUUGUGAUAUCAGUCACUAAUGGUUGAGUACCUUGUAAUUCCAUACUUAGCUGUAUUUUGAACAUUUAAUGGUGUAUUUAAUGGUUUGUUAGUUUGCCAUCUCAACUUUUUGUCUAAAUAGAAUUUGAGUUAAGUAUCCCUUUUCUGUUUAAAUGACAUUCAGGUGUCAAACACAGCAUGGCUUUAAAUAGAUGAGGGAUAUUUUCUGCUAAUGCUUUUGUGAAGUGAGUUUAAACAAGCUUUCUGUAUUUUAAUGCUUUAGUGUUUUUCAGUUUUAUAAGUGAGGAUUUUAUUUUAAAAUUUGUGGGAAAGAGUGGGUUUUGUAUGUCUGGGUCAUUCAGACAGCACAUCUGGAUUAUGCUGAAUGUAGACAAAUAAACACAACUCUUCAUG